GUGUGUGUCAGUUUGAGCAUUUGGAGCGUGUGAAUGUGGACAUCCCGUUCUUGCUGAUGAUGGAUAUUUUGAGUGCGUCUCCAUGGCCGAUCGAGCUGGUGAACAGUGAAGUGCUGUUGGCCUCCAGUAUGACUCCCAUCGAUCAGCCCCAGAGUCAAGUAGAAGGAGUCACGCUGCAGACCAGCGAAUGUGCUAGUGAGUGUUUCCUGCUCAAAUGUCCUCCUGUUCAGAACGACACCAGCACAGUGGCCUCUGGACACUACUUCAUCUCCUGGAAGAGAAAGUCAGCAUUUGCUGAGACAUCAGUUGUGAGAACGAUGGUUAUUCUGCCACAUGUGAUGGUAGAAAAUAUUCCACUUUAUGUCCAUGCAGGCCCGUUCACACCAAGAAUGAUAAUGAUAACUACAACUAUAAAGUUCUAA